GCAACGCUCGUUACAUAAAUUUGCGCUCCGCCAGACCACAGCAGUCAGUGGCGGCUGGGCUUUGUUCGGUGUGUAUCGUUGUGUUUGGACGUGGUUGUUGAUUCGCAGGCUCUUCGUAUCCGCUAACAGGUGAAAAUGCAGAUCUUCGUGAAAACUCUUACUGGCAAGACCAUCACCCUUGAGGUGGAGCCCAGUGACACCAUCGAAAAUGUGAAGGCUAAGAUCCAGGAUAAGGAAGGCAUUCCCCCCGACCAGCAGAGGCUCAUCUUUGCAGGCAAGCAGCUGGAAGAUGGCCGCACUCUUUCUGACUACAACAUCCAGAAAGAGUCGACCCUGCACCUGGUCCUGCGCCUGAGGGGUGGCUGUUAAUUCUUCAGUCUUGGCAUUCGCAGUGCCCAGUGAUGGCAUUACUCUGCACUAUAGCCAUUUGCCCCAACUUAAGUUUAGAAAUUACAAGUUUCAGUAAUAGCUGAACCUGUUCAAAAUGUUAAUAAAGGUUUCGUUGCAUGGUAGCAUA